AAUAAAGGCAUCAAUCUUAUCAAUUAUUAUUUGAAAAAAUUAUUUAACAAUUGAAUGGUUAUAUACUUCCUGUAGUAUAGUUAGUUUGGAAUUAAAUGUAAAAUGAGGAGGAAUUAUUUCUAAACUGUUAGGAAAAUUUACUUACAAAUUUUAUUGAUGAUAGAAAUAACUUUGAUUUUGAUUACUUACAUACAAUUUUUAAUUAGCAAACAUAAAAACUUGCUGAGUAAAAUGAACAAUAUCAACCAAAUAUAGAUGGAAAUUUAAUAAAUAAGUAAGAUAAUAAAACAAAUUAUCCUAGAAAUUAAUUACUCAUUGAAUAAGCUUAAAUUUCAACAGAUUAAACUUAAUUUUAUGGAUUUAAAAACCAUGAAAAAAUAGCAUAAUUUCAACCAAAUUAAGAAGAUACCUUAUUAAUAAAGGAGAAUAAUAUAAUAGAGAGUCCUAGAAAUUAAAUAAUUUUUAACUAAGUUUACAGUUCUAGAGAAUCAACUUAAAUUUAUGGACUUGAAAACCAGGAAACGCUGACAUAUGCAAGCUUUCAUAAAUUUAUCUAAAAAAUGAAUAAUUAAAAAAAAUAACAAGAUAGUAUGCAAACUAACUCAAAUAUUGACAUCACAGAAGUAAAUUAAAGCUCAUUAUAAAAUACAAUAGAUUUUUCAAGUUAAUAGAAAUUUAUAAGCUAAAACAAGACUUAUUAAGAGGAAAUAACAUAAGUAUCUAAAGAAUAGGAAACAAUUUAAAGUAGUCAAUAUUUUGAAGAGUUAAAUCAUUAAUAAAUAUCAAAGAAUUAAAAUUCAAAAGAUGAAAAAAUAUCUACUCAAAAGGACUAAAAAUAAAUUCUUUAGAAUUUAUAGGAUAAUAAUUUUGAAAAAUAAAAUAUGGAUAAUCUAAAAAGUAACUAUAAAUUAGUGAAAAUUGGAGAGUUAGGAAGAGGAGGAUUUGGAAGUGUAUCAAUUUAUUAUGAUAAUGUGACAAGAAAUAAAAUAGCUGUUAAAGAAUUUAAUAGCUUAAAGGAAUAUUAAUAAGAAAAAAAUAUUUUGUAGAAAAUUCAAUUUUAAGAACUAUUCUUAGAAGUAAAAAAAUAUACCUGUUAAUUAAUAGACUUUAAUGAUUACAAUUACACAUUAGCUCUUGAAAUGGGAUUUUCUACUCUAUAGGAAGCAGCUUAAAUUUUGAAUUUAUAGAAAACUGGAUUCAGCAUUCCAAAUCUUAUAAAUUUUUUAAAUUCUAUGGUUUGCUUUUGUAUAGAAUUACACAAAAUAAAAUAUUAUCAUGGUGACAUCAAACCUUAAAAUAUUAUCAUCACAAUCAAUUAAAAUAGCAGUGAGUUUUAAUAAAGUUUUGGAAUUUGCGAGUUUGUUGAAGCCAAUAUUAAAUUUAUUGAUUUUGGAAGCUUUAGUAAUGAUGUGGAUUGUUAUUAUGAAUAUGUUUCAGCAAAAUAUAAAUGCUUAUUUUUUGAAGAAAUUUUUUAAGAACAAUAAUUAACUUGGGAAUAGAUUUUAUUUGCUGAAAUAUAUAGCUGUUGUAAGACUUGUAUCUACACAAUGUCUUUAGAAUUGUAAAAUGAGUAUAUUUUAUUCAAUAAAAGCUAAGUUGAUUAAUAAAAUCCAAACUAAGAAUAAAAAUUAAAAUUAUUUGAUUUUUUAGAUUUAUUUUUAACUUAGAAUCCUUCUUAAAAUAAUAUCUUAUAGGAUGGAAUAUCACUUUAAAAACUUGUUUAAUUUCAAUAAAAAUAUUUGGUAUAGAACCAAACUGUUUUAGUAUAAAAUUAUUAUUAAAUAGAUUUAAUCUAGAAAUAAGUUUGGAAAAAAAUAUAAACAGAUGACUUUGUAGAAUCUUAAAUAAACAAUCAGUUUUAAUAAAAUAUGCUUAAAGCUUGCAGUUUUAGGAAUAAAAUUCUUCUCGAUAAAUAGAUUUAACUAACAUCUAAUUAGUUAAAUGAAUAUAGCAUAUAAGACAUUUUAGAUAAUUUAUUUUUAUUACUAUUUUCAUUUGAUUUAAGCCAAGAAGAAUUCUAUAAAAUUAAAGAAAUUAAUGAUUGGAUCCAAGAUUAAGAUAAAUACACUUCAAAUGAAAAGAUUUCUUUUUCUUUAGAGAUUUGCUCUUUAUUUUAAAUGUACUAGCAAGACUCAUAACAAAAAGAUAUUAUUAUUUUGCAAUUAAAAGAAUAAUAUAAAGUAUUAAAUCAAGAAUUAAAUUAAUUUCAAAAAUAAGUAUAUGAAUAGAUAAUUCUAAAUUAUGAGAAUAAAUCAAUUUAAUUUUAAGAGUAAGCAUUAGUUUUUAUGCUAAGCAAUUAAUAUUCACACAACAGCUUCUUAGAUGUCUUUUUAUUAUUUUGCUCUUUUAGCAAUUUAAGAUAAAAUAAAUAGUUAUUUGACUUAUAGAAUUUAACCAGAUAUCCAUUUAGAUCUCAAUUAGUAGAUUGGUUUAAUAAAAAUUAAAAUCUUAUGAGCAUCUACAAAAGGAAUAUUUUUUAUUACUGUUUAAUAGUAAUAGAUAUUAUACUUUUAUAGGAUUACAAUGAUACUCUUUCUAUUUAUAGGAAACUAAGAUAAAAUGCAAAAAUGAUAAACAAGAAGAUUGAAGCUGAAAUUAUAUUUUUGAUUCAAUUUUCUCUAUUGAAAUAAAAAAAACAAACUGAUUUUGCUUCUUUAAAUAAUUCUUUGGCAAUAUUAAGUUAAGCAAAUUACAAAAGCCAACUUUAUUUUUACUUCUAAAAUUUAUUUUAAGACUUUAUUAAGUAAAAUUUAUCCAUAGUUAAGCAGGAAUUAACAUUUAAAUCAGUUAUGGAUACUAUAUUUUGA